AUGGCUUUAGUAGGUUUAAUUAUAAUUGAUUCUGAAGAAACAGAUGAUGAACUUAGUAAAGGGAAUGAUAAAGCGAUUGGAAAUGUGUUAACGUUACUUUACCCCACGCUGCUCGGACAGACCUACACACGUCUUCAUGUCUGCGAGGUGAUCAACAAUCAACCAUGUUGUCCGCCUCAGCAAGUGAACCGUCACGUGAACGAUCUAUUCGAGGACCUGCGCGAUGGGCUGAACCUCAUCUCGCUGCUGGAGGUGCUUUCUGGCGAACACCUCCCGCGCGAGCGAGGUCGGAUGCGUUUCCAUAUGCUGCAGAACGUCCAAAUGGCUCUCGAUUUCCUUCGGUACAAGAAGAUCAAGCUCGUCAACAUCAGAGCUGAGGACAUCGUCGAUGGCAACCCCAAGCUGACUCUCGGACUGAUAUGGACCAUCAUUCUACACUUCCAGACAAGGAAGGCACUUUUGAACGUCAACAACAAAAAUUUAGAAGUGAUGCUAGUUGCUCAUUCCGAGGUGUAG